AUGACCACGAAACACUUAGUUGAAGGCGUUUCUCAUCAUGCGUUGAGCAAACCCUGGACAUUUUCUUAUUGCAUCCCAAGCGGACAAGGAAAAAGCAAUAUUGCAUGGGAAAAAUUCAUCCAUCCAUUGACCGAUUUCUCAAGCUACGAAGAUUUCUUUGCAAUUUAUAAUUCAAUUGAACCACCAUCAGAUCUUCCAAAAGCAUGCCGUUACUAUGUUUUUCAGAAAGGAAUUCAGCCAAUGUGGGAAGAUCAGGCAAACCAAAACGGUACACAGUAUACAGUUGAAAUUCCAAAUCCAAACGAGAAAAAUAAAGAAAAGGGUGUUAUCUUAGAAGCUCAAAAUAAAUGGUUGGAUUUAGUUCUUUCUGUUUUCACAACUUUCCCAGUUGAUAAGAUUAAUGGAAUAGAAUACAACAAUAGAGGAACAACAAUACGUUUAGGCGUUUGGACAAGAAAACUCGAGAAUGAUAAAGAAAAAGAUGAAAUUGCUGCAAAGAUUAAGGAAGUUCUUGGACCUCUUGGUAAUAAUUUAGAGGCUAAGCCAAUGCAAACAGCCCCAGCCAAUGAAAACCAACCAAGAAAGAACGGUGGAAGAGGCCAUAAUGAUAGAAGACCAAAGAGCUCAAAUCAAAACCAUAAACCAAAGCAAAGGAAUGACCACCCACAUCCAAAUAAAUAA